GGCACUCAAUGAGGAUGGACGUGCGGGUGUUGUCGGCAGUCGUUGUGAUCGCGGCGGUGGCCGUCGCCCAGAAGUGCGAGGUAAUCAACAUCCCCAUGUGCAAGGAGCUAGGUUACAACAACACCGUCAUGCCGAACGUACUGGGCCACGAGGAUCAGUCGGUAGCUGAGAGAGAGUUGCAGACAUUUAUGCCAUUGGUUCAUUACAACUGUUCACGACACCUUCGAUUCUUCUUGUGUUCAGUAUUCGUACCAUUCUGUUCAGAACACGUCGUGGGAGCCAUACCUUCCUGCCGUGGCCUCUGUGAAGAAGUGCAGUCUGACUGUCGCCCUGUAAUGGAGAGCUUUCAUCUUCCAUGGCCUUCGCAGUUCAACUGCUCACAAUUUCCGAUGGCAGAAAAAAACGGUUUAUGCAUGCAGUUUCCCAAUGUCAGCUCCGACAAGAAGGCGUCAUCAGAAAAUCUAGAGGCCUGCCCUAAGGACUAUACUUAUACAAAAGAUCCUCGUGGAACCAGGUGUAGUCCGAUAUGUGGCAGAAAUGUUCAUUUUACUGCAGAAGAAAAGCGCUUUACUGAAAGAUGGAAUACUGGCUGGGCUUGGUUAUGCUUCGUUUCUACCCUCUUUACUCUGCUGACAUUCUGGGUUGAACCAAGAAGGUUUAGGUACCCCGAACGGCCAAUUGUAUUCUUGGCACUUUGUUACAAUGCUAUGUCAGUUGUAUACAUCGUUCGAGGUGCGACAGGGACUUACAUCUCAUGUGUUCCACCUACUGAAGGGUACGAAUCAUAUGUAGCAACUGAUGGUCUGGAGAGUGCCUCUUGUACAGUUACAUUUUUAGUAUUAUAUUACUGCGGCCUCUCUGGCAGUGUCUGGUGGGUGAUCCUCGCCACUUCCUGGUACCUUUCAGCGGCCAAGAGGUGGAGCUGCGAGGCACUCUACGGAUUGGCUACAUAUUUCCACAUGGCAGCCUGGGCAGGGCCCGCAGUCACCGCCCUCCUUGCCCUUGCUCUCCAUAGGGUUUCUGGAGAUGAGUUAACUGGGCUUUGCCGUGUUUCUGAGGAUUCCACGGUCUGGCUGGACGUUCUGCCGCAUGGAGUGAUGCUAGUAGCUGGAUCCAUUGUCGGAGUGUUUGGUGCUAUCGCUUUAAUUAACGUCCGUGGAGAGAUCCUAAAGUCAGGAGGUAGUGCUGCAAAACUGGAACGGCUCAUGACUAGGCUAGCGGUGUUCACAGCUCUGUAUGUCUUUCCAGCUCUGGGGUCUCUGUUCUGCCUCCUGUAUGAGACGUUCCACAACCCUGGAGAUCUCAAGUGUGCAGGAGAUGAUUGUUCACCACCUCCUCACAACUCUAAUGUUGAAGUUACUUUGCUACGCGUUUUCCUUUCCCUUGUUAUUGGUAUAUCUUCUGGAAUGUGGGUAUGGAGUGGCAAAACUUGUCGAGCAUGGAAGAGGAUUUUUACUCCACCUCAUAAACCACAGCCAGUUCCUUUAACCAGAGUAUGAUAUUUUUUUUUACUCUAAAAUAUCAUCACCAUCAUCAAUAAAUGUUCUUCACUUAAAUAUUGUUUCAUAGUAAAUCAUUUUCAUUUAGAAUAUUUUCUGAUUUGUAAAGAUAAUAGCUAUAUUAACUUAAUCUUUGUAAAUCUCUUGUUUAUUAAAUGUUCUAAAAAUCAGCAUGUCACUAAAAAAUUCCAAUGAUAAUGGUCUGCACUAAAUAAUUAAUUUUAAGGAUUACAAAUGUCUAUUGUAGUUAUAAAAUCCUUGUGUCUUUCAUUAGAUGUAAAUUACAACAUAUGUGAACUGAUGUAUAUAAUCAUAUUGUAAAUUUUGAUUUAUGUAAAUAUUUUAUGUACAAGUUUAUUCAAUUAUUGCCAAAUUAUGGAUAAAAAAGCUCUCUGGCUUGGUAUUAAAAAAAAAAAAAAACUGGAUCAAGUUAUUUGAUACUUAUGAAACUGGUAUUUAGACACCUCUCAUUAGAUGGAAAUAAGUUAUAAGGGAAUAUGAAAAGUAUUAUUUAACUAUGAAAAUGACUUAAAAGUGCACUACUCAAGAAUUUUAAUUUUGAAUGAUAUCUAAAAUUAAAAAAAAAAAAUAUGAGCAUUGGCCAUUAUUUAACUCCAAGCCACAGAGAUACCAAUGGCAGAUUGUAAAUAAUAAAAAUAUAUUUACAAAUUAUCACAGUAACAGUGUUAAAAUAUGUACUAUAUUUUUUAAUUUUUUCUGACAGUAGUUAAUGUUUUCUUAAAUGAAACCCUGUAUAUUUUGUAAUUAUGUGUAAUAUAACAUUUUCUGUAUAUAUUUGAAUUAGUAUGUAAUCACCAAUAAAAAUGUGAAAAUUGGAGUAGCUUUAAUUAAAUUAUUUUGAUGUUUCUUUCACGAGAUGACAAACUAUGCUGUACAAAACAGAAUACUUUUCUUGUAUAAUAGCUACAUCACAUAUAACCAAUGGGUUAAAUAUCAACAUUAUGUACAUAUAAUUUUAGGUUUAUUCUAAUGCUGAAAAUUGACUUUAAAACAAGAUUGUUAUGACAUUAAUACCUAACAAUGUAUUUUAAAUCAUUAGUCUUAUUAAUAGUUUCAUUUUAAUGGAUCAAACUCUCAGAAGUUAUAUUUUCAAAGAAGAUAUUUUAACUUUAUUUACAUAAUUAAAAGAAUUUAAGUUAUAUUUAAUACAUGUAUAUUGUAAAUUUAUUCUAAUGAUACAAAUGUAAAUUUUAAAUUUGAAAAAAAAUAAAUUGUCAGAUACAUAAAAGUCAAAGGGAUCAUCAGUUUAUUUACAACUAAUAGACUGAAUGAAGUUAGCUACAAUCGCUAUCAACAAAAAUCAACAAUUUUAUGUUAUUUAUUUUUAAUAAACUGUCUAUAAGAAUUAU